GCGCAAUCUCGUUCCCACUGCCGUUGAUAACUUUUACAAUGGCGUGCCUCUCCAUCCUUCAACUUGUUGACAUUAACUAGUCCGACGCGACCAGAGCUGCAUUCGCUUCGACCAGCUCAACGGCGAAGAAGAAAAUGGCAAGAUAACAUCUCGGCUACUGCACCCAUGAUUGCUCUACAGCUGUAGGCCGCUGGACGACGAGACUUUGCUCGAGACAAUUGCGCCUCCAACUGCCACCAGAGCGUGACCUGGAACUGAUGAAGCAGUCAGCUUUGGGACUCGCCGAAGCGUGUCCUGGUCCAAGUGUCCGACGCCGGACAGCAUGCGUGGCCCCGUGGCACAGAGCCAGCGAAGAGAACUAGCACAAGGCGGGAAUUUUAGUGUGGUCGCUCUGCUAGUACUACGACCUGACUGUGUGAAGCAGGGCAAUUUCAGGGUCAGGAACCAGGAGCCCGCAACGUGUCAGCCAGACGCCGUCGACCUGACUUGGCGGCACCGGUCGCCUCGAGUGGUUCGGUGGCAUUGGGCAAAAUUCUCCAUCUGCAGCCUCGUUGGCAAUCUCGGCCGCCAGCCUCCACAAUUCGGGUGCCAGUCGUGGUGGCUGAUACCAAGCUUGUCACUUUGCUAUGGUACUGCAGAUGCAGUACGUCAAGACACGGUAGAAAUGCAAACAUCCCCGUUGCACGUUGUCCCGAGUUCUGCAUCUUGUUGCAUGGCGGACGGUGCAUUGGUGAAUUCCCCUUAGAUUCAUUCCGGUGGUCAGGCCCAGCGCGUAACUCAAGCAAGGAAGAAGCAUUUCUCAGUAUGCCGACAUGGGGGCACCGGCCCCGGUGGCCGACUUGCCGGAUUGUUUCAUUCAGGGGUAAACCACAGGCCUGGAAGAGCCACUCUUCACCAGGCCGAGCCUUGUAUCCCUGCUUGUGGUGCGAACUAGAAUGCGAUCGAUGCUCAACCUG